CUACUGGUAAUGAAAAGCUUAAUGGAUCCACUGGAUCAUUAGAAAAAUGCAGAAAGCAUACAGAUCACAAAUUGUAUUUCAGAGAAUAUUUACUGAACAAUAAUCCUAACUAUAUUAAGACAAAGUCAAGGGAUGAAUAUGAACUGAGUCAGUAGAUUCUGCAAAAAAACCCAAAAACGUUUGGUUGCUCUUACCAUUACAAUAGCUCAGAAGUUUCACAAAUCGAAACAAGAUUUUAAAGAACCUGUCUCGGUUGUAGAAUGACCCAGUUAACAGUUUUAAGCAUGACUAUUUUCAGUCAGUUUUCACACCAAAUAUGGUAUAAAUUAGAAGCAUAAAAAUAUUAUUAUUUAAAAACUGCAAAAAUAUAUAUAUUUUAAUGUAUCGAUCUGAACACAAAUAUCCAGAGCAGGAUAUCACAUAAACUGUAUGGAGUAAAACCACUUCAAGGAAAACUGGCCCAGAGGCAACAAAAAGUCUGGCGCAGUUACUGUUUCCGGUCUCGGUUUUAGCCUUCAGAAGCUUCGAGUGAGGUUUAAUCGAACGGGAGUUUAUUUUUGAAAGUCUUACCGGAAGUCUCCCGUGACGUGUUCCUCACUUCACACCGGUGCGCUCCUGGGAGGUGAUGAAAACAUAAAGAAACUUGCUCAGGUUAUCACCGGACACCCACGGUUCCGGUCCGGGCGCAGAUUCCAGCAGCAGCAUCAUGAUCCCAGUGGGGGAAUUCAAAAACUUCGGGAUCGAGCAGAACUCCCAGUUCCGGGUGUUGAAACCAUGGUGGGAUGUUUUUUCGGAGUACCUGUGCAUUGCAAUGCUCAUGAUCGGUGUCUUCGGCUGCACCCUGCAGCUCACCCAAGAGAAGAUUGCAUGUCUGCCUAGCCAUGUCACCAGUCCAGUGAAGGAGGCAAUAGACUGCAGCUACAUCAGUGACUACGAAAGCAACAAGACAUCACAUUACACAAUGGCCAAACCUGUCAGCCCUAUCGUCCAGGAGGUGUUUGGUCGCAAGAAUAACCUGGACAUUCACCAAUAUGUGUUUGUCAACCACUAUUGUUAUGAGAGGUUUGUGCACUGGUAUGCUAAGUACUUUCCAUACCUUGUGGUGAUCCACACUCUGAUCUUCAUGGUAGCAAGCAGCUUCUGGUUCAAGUUUCCUGGGACAUCUUCUAAAAUUGAUCUUUUUGUCAACAUUCUGGACAAGUGCUUUGACUCACCUUGGACCACGAGGGCCCUGAGUGAAGUUUCAGAGGAGAGAGGAGAGGAGAAGCUGGUGAGUUUGAGGAGGAGCACCAUGUCAAAGGAUUUCAAAGAACAGCGAGCAGAUGAGGAGAAUAUAGGGCUUCUUCGCUCCUCCUCUGUCAAGUCUAAUUCAGAGAAGAUAAACCUGGACCCCCAGCCUACCUCUUCUGUGUUGGACAAAAAGGAGGGAGAGCAGGCCAAAGCUCUUUUUGAAAAGGUGAAGAAGUUCCGAACUCAUGUAGAGGAGUCAGACAUCUUAUACCUUAUGUAUGUGCUACAAACGUCUCUCAAAGUCUUCAAGUUCCUUAUUAUUAUCCUUUACACCGCAAUACUGGUACCGAACAUUGAAAUAGUUGUGCGCUGUGAUGUCCCUCCUGACCUGACAGGGUUUGAUAUCUAUUGCUGCAACCACACCAAAGCCCACCUUUUCUCCAAGCUUGGCUACUGCUACAUCUGCUUCGUAGGAGUGUAUGGACUUUUGUGCAUCUACACCCUCUACUGGGUGUUCCAUCGACCUCUGAAGGAGUACUCCUUUGACUAUGUCAGACUGGAGAUGGGUAUCAAUGACAUACCGGAUGUAAAGAACGACUUUGCAUUCCUGCUUCACCUUGUGGAUCAGUAUGAUGCUCUUUAUCCUAAAAGGUUUGCUGUCUUUCUUUCUGAGGUCAGCGAGAGCCACCUUCAUCAGCUGAACCUUAAUUAUGAGUGGACCAUCAAAAAGCUGCGAACCCACCUUGCAAAGAACUCCAAUGAUAACUUUGAGCUCUGUCUUUUAGGCCUGCCAGGUCUUCCAGACACCGUUUUUGAGAUUACAGAAAUUGAAUCACUCAAACUGGAGCACAUUAAAAAUGUCACUAUUCCAGCAAGCAUGGCAAAGCUGGAUUCUUUGCAGGAGUUAUCCUUGAUCUACUGUCCAGCAAAGCUGCAACUGCCCGCCCUGAACCACCUCAAACAGCGAUUAAAGGUUCUACGUCUGACUUUUGAGAGUUCAGAGGAGAUCCCCAUGUGGAUGUUUACCCUUAAGUGUCUGGAGGAGUUAUAUCUGACUGGUCCUUUAACCAAUGAGGUGUCCAAAAGUGGCACCCUGGAAUCCCUGCGCGAUCUCAGUGGUUUAAGGCUGCUUAGUCUAUCGUCCAACCUUAGAAAGCUACCACCCUGUGUCGGGGACCUGGCACCACAGUUGCAGAGGUUGUGCAUCCACAAUGAAGGUGUUAAGCUCCAGGUGUUUAGCAGCCUGAAGAAGUUAACAAACUUAGUUUCAUUAGAGCUAUCAGGCUGUGAGCUGGAACGCAUCCCAAGUGCUGUUUUCAGCCUGAACAAUCUACAGGAGCUGGAUCUGAAGGAAAACAAGCUCACCACUGUGGAAGAGAUCCUGAGCCUGCAGCAUUGUCAGCGUUUGGUGGCGCUCCGUCUGUGGCACAAUAAAAUCACUUACAUCCCUGAACACAUCACUAAGUUGCGCAUGCUGGAGACGCUGGAUGUAAGCCGGAACAAGCUGAAAAAGCUUCCGUCUCGUCUGUUUUACUGCACCAAACUAAGGCACCUCGAUGUCUCCCACAAUCAAAUUACGUCUCUCCCUCCAGAAGUAAACAUCCUGCAGGGUCUUCAGUUCUUCUCUGCAGCCUUCAAUUCCUUAGAGACUCUGCCAGAGGAGCUGUUCUCCUGUAAACGAAUAAAGACGCUGGUUCUUGGUAACAACUGCCUUUCAAAUCUUAGCUCCAAAGUGAGCAACUUGGCCCAGCUGGUGCGACUGGAUAUUAAGGGAAAUCGCCUGGAGUCUUUGCCUGUAGAAAUAGGGGACUGUCCUCUGCUGAGACGCAGUGGAUUGAUAGUAGAGGACAGCCUAUUCAAACUGCUGCCAUCAUACUUACAGAAGAAGCUGAGUCAUGGCUGAAAGUAAAAGCUGAGGACAGUCACAGACUGAGAAAAGCACGGUCACCAGCUGUGCUCUGACUUGAAUGGAUGACUGAGUUUUAAAUGCAAAUAUGUAUUUGCAGUCACUUGUAGAGAACCACAUGUGCAAGUGUCUUGUACUAUUGUUAAAAACGCCUCUUUUGUUCCCUUCAUUCAUGGCACAACCAACGACUCAGCACUCUACUAGCUGUAAAAUGUCGUUGGCCAGUAUUUUAACCCAGAUUCAUGUUGUUUUUGACUGGGUAGGUUUGUGGUGUUUCUUGUAAAACGGGUUUUUACAGCUUGACGAGGUGUUUACACCAUUACGUUGGGUCAUGUUGCUUUCUCUAAGGUUCAAAAGAAAAGGAAAAAGUCUUUCAGCUGGUCUUUAACAUGACCACAAUUAUUUAAAAGGUUUUAAUGUCAUUGUGUAUUAUUUCUGUAGGUAAAUGUUGUUGCAGUGGAAUUAUAACUAAAAGACUAAACUAAAGAUCAUUGCACUAAAGGGUUAAAUACAGUGAUAUACACUGCUAAAAAAAAUAAAGGCACACUCAAAUAACACAUCCUAAAUUUGAAUGAAUGAAAUAUUCUCAUUGAAUACUUUGUUCUGUACAAAGUUGAAUCUGCUGACAACAAAAUCAUACA